UCCAGCCUCUUCGCGUGGGGGAGGGGGAAGGUUGUGUUGGUUGCACACGGUGUUGCUGUUUCCGGUUAACAUGGCGGCCGUUUCACGUGGAGGCGGCGGUGAAUUGGGAACGGAAUUGAGCGGUUCUGAUGGAGAUCUUGAAAGUGACCAUUUCUCCUCACAAGAUGAGAAAAGCCAUGAUUCACAAACUGAACUUGGAGAGGAAACUGCAGACUUGAGUUCAGCAAAUCCCAAUGCUGGCUGGGCAGAUGCCAUGGCCAGAAUUCUUAAUAAGAAGGUUCCUGAGAACAAACCAAUCAUUCUUGCAAAAAAUAAAGAGAAACUGAAAGAAAAAGAGAAACGUAAGGAGGCAAUGUUAGAAAGGAUGAAACAGCAAGAUAAAAAAAAAGAAUGGGAACAGAUGUGCAGAGUGAAACCUAAUGUAGCUGAAGACCGAGAGACUGAAAGGGCUUUCCAAAAAAUAGCCACCAGAGGUGUUGUGCAAUUAUUCAAUGCUGUUCAAAAGCAUCAAGUUAGUGUGGAUAAAAAAAUUAAAGAAGUAGGUGGGUCUGAACAAAAGCGUGCCAAGUUACUAUCCUCCGUCUCGAAGAAAGAUUUCAUCAGUGUACUCCGAGGUUCAAGACCGAAUGUUCACCAGGACUCCACAGCAAGGCCAGUUAAUAGUGUAAAACAGGUUAAAGUUAAAUCAGAAGACAGUGCAGCAUGGAACAUAUUACGCGAUGACUUCAUGAUGGGAGCUACAAUGAAAGAUUGGGAUAAAGAGAGUGAUGAGGAGGCAAAUGGUGACGUUGCUGAGAAAAGUGAUUCAGCCCGAUGAACCCUGUGCUCAUUAGUACUACUUGGCGUAAACCAAACUGGAGUAAUACUCAUUCUGUGAAUGCAAUAGAUUUUGUAUAUGGGAACGAGUUGCCUCUUUAUUAAAGUGUUUUCUUUUCCAAA